CUGCGAUAGCCUGGCGAGACCUCUGCAGGAGCGACAUCGUGGAGGCUGAAGGCUGUCAGGGUGAGCGCGAGUUUUAUAGGGAAGUCGUCUCUCGAAGCGGCAAGGCAAGCAGUCGACUAGCUAAAGAGCAGCUCAACAUAUGGCAGAAGAGACCGUCAAGACAGGUGAGACGGCAGCGCCAGCAGCCCAGAAGGAGGCUGUCGUGCCCGCUGUCGUACUCGACAAAUACAAGGCUGCGUCAAGCGUCGUCGGCAAUGCGCUCAAGCAUGUCCUCAGCCUGCUCGUCGACUCUGCCCUCAUCCUCGACAUCGUCACAAAGGGUGAUCAGGCCAUCACGGACGAGUGCGCCAACGUCUACAACAAGACCGGCGCUCACAAGGUCGCUAAAGGCAUCUCCCAUCCGACCUGCAUCAGCGUCAACAACGUCGUGGCGCACUACAGCCCCUUGCCCUCAGACAGCGUUCAUUCGAUCACCAAGCUCUCCAAGGGAGACCUCGUCAAGGUUGUCAUGGGCGCCCACAUCGACGGCUACGCGAGUAUCGCAGCAGAAACGAUCGUCGUAGGCGCGAGCAAAGAGGACCCUGUGACCGGUCGCAAGGCCGACCUGAUCGCUGCUGCUCACCAUGUCGCCGAGGCUGCGCUGAGAAGUGCCAAGGUUGGCGGCAAGAACUGGGAGGUCACCGAUGGCGCAGCCAAGGUGCUGCACGAGUAUGCUGGCAAGCUCAAGGGAAUCGAAGGCAUGUCCUCGCAUCAACACCUACAAAACGACAUCUAUGCCAAGAAAACGAUCACCGUCUUUCCCACCUCAGAGGGUCGAAGAGACUCUGACAACAACUUUCUGCUCGAAGAGGGCGAUGUGUUCGCUCUCGAUGUCAUCGUCACAAGCGGCGAGGAAGGAAAGGCCAAAGCGACAGGCAAUGUCCCUACGACAGUGUAUGGCAAGACGUCAUCGGCAUACCAACUCAAAAUGAAGACUUCUCGUGCGACAUUCUCAGAAGUCUCAAAGAAGGCCGGCUCCUUCCCUUUCUCCCUCAGAAUUCUGGACGACGAACGAAGAGCGAAGCUGGGCAUGCAAGAGUGCGUCCAGCAUGGUCUCAUGAAGCCCUUUGAUGUCUACACGGCCGACAAGAGCUCCGACUUGGUCGCGCAAGUCAUGGUCACGUUUAUGCUCGGUAAGACGGGCGUGACGAGGCUGAGCCACACGCCUCACUUCUUCUCUGCCGAGCUGGUCAAGCCAGACACAGAGAUCAAGUCGGAAGAAGUCAAGGCGCUGCUGAGUCAGCCGCUCAAAGUAGACAAGAAGAAGGCCGCCAAGAAGGCCAAAAAAGCGGCAGAAGCAGCAUGAAGCUAGAAGCUCUGCCGCUCGAUCGCGAAUACUGCCCCAAUGUAUUGCAUAUAUGUACCCGCUCGCAUGCGCACGUGCUGGGCCGUUACUGCAUCAACGGCGAUGUUCAAGCAGAGUGUGCGCGCUGUAGGUGCACCGCUGUUGGCAUGUCUCGCGGCGCGGUCAAGCGAUCUUGCAUAGGCACCUCAUUCUCUCGAUUGGCAGCUUCAAGAUCUGCCAAAGGAGGAUCUGAACGCACGAUG